AUGAGCGACUUCAUUCCCCAUUGGGAACCACCACCACCUGGUGAUGACUCGUUUUCGAGGUGUGACGGAGUUACGGGUUAUGAAAUAGAAGAUGCUAUCGAAAAAGAAGACUUGGGUAAUGCGAUGGACAGGUUGAUCUACGGAAACAGCAUCGAGAAGGUAAAAACUUUGUAUUUUACCUACCGUAUUUUCUCUAAUUGUAGCCCAUGGGCCUCCUUUUCCACCUCCUUUAUGGAAACAAGCGAGGACGAGAUUGAUAGCCUACCGGAAUUAUCUGAAAACGACUUCUCUGGAGAAUCCCCACCACUAUCAUCAUUGUCUUCGUUGUCGAUGGACCAGCAAGGAAUGGGAGACGUCAACACUGAAAUCUCUUCGCCAUGCCACCAAGGAACUCUGGCUAAGGAUGCAGCUCUAGGCACUGAUCGUGAGAUACAGUAUGGAUCUGAUACGCUUGCUGAAUCAGGACCUACAACGCUUCGAGGCGUCGUUAUUAAGCGAAGAGAUUCCGAUUCGUCCAUUCAAUUCCCAAAUCGCAGGACUGGGUCUCGUCUGACUUCUGGAAGCAGCUCUGGAAGUUCUUUGAAGGAUUUCAAAACUCGUCGGACUCAAAAGGAGAUGAAAGCUAUGACUAAAGAGGAAAAACGAGAAUUGCAAAAAUCUCAACACAGAGCGAAUUUCAAGAAUAGCCUGCAAAAGAAGAAAAACAAGAAGGCGUCUCUGGAGGAACAUUCGAAGGAUCUGGAUGUCGAGUUGCGGGGUGGCCUCGAAUCAUUGGAACAGUUAGAAGCUGCAUAUAAGGAAAAGUUUCCUGAUUCAAUUGCUCGAAAAAACAAUAUGGGUCAUCUGAUUGAAAAGGAAAACCAGGACUGUCGCAAGAAAUUGGAAGAGGAAGUUCGGAAACUGGAAAUCAAACUGAAAGGGAUCGCGAAGGAGAAAACUCUCGCAGGAAUAAAAAAGACAUCUAAUGCCUCCGCAAAGUGUCGCACUAAACUGAAGCUAGAGAUCGCUUCGCUGGAGCUGAAAGUUCAUCAGCAGGAAACGAAAAUCGUGCAGAUGGAUAUGAUUAUUAAGUACCUUAAAGAGGCUCUUGGAGUGAAGUCUAUGGAGGGUGACGAUAACCAGCAAUUACUCACUGGUUCGUCUGUUUCCGGCACACCGUUGUUUAGAGAUUCCGAUGACUCGGAUUUGUUCCCUCCCACUCUCCAAUCUUAUGGCACACCAAAGCAAUCUGCGGAUUCCAUCUCGCGUCAGUGUCAUCGAGACACUAACAUUGCCAAUUACAUCAACUUCAAUGGAAAUUCGGAAGGGUUUUCGAACUCCAUUCCCGUCGAUUGUAACAAAGAGGUGUUCGACAAUCAAAUGGACUCUACAGGAGGUCCAAUGUUAACAGCGGAAGAGCAGUCAGCAACUCUCGCAGUAUUUGAUGGAAACGUUUCGGACCAAACCAUUGCUCACCAGUUUGAUGACUUUUCGAUUAAUCAACUAAUGGAACAGUACGAUGCCAAACCAGAGCAUCCAAUGGAUACAAAGAACACUCGAUCAAUGAUUUCCCAUUUGAACAACUCAACAAUAUUCAAUUGUUUGGAAGGUACGACUGAACGACUCAUCUACGAGUCAGCGCCCCCUCUCAAUAUGAUGACAGAGAAUUCAAACUGUCCUGUCCCCCAAUUUGGGGAAUCUGCACCUAUGGAGAGCAACUAUCUUCAAGGUCAAUACAAUUAUGCAAGGAUCCCUAGCAAGGACCCUUAUUCACCUUCAAUGCAGGAGACAGCCAAUGUCUCUGACCAGAGUUCAGCUCAAUGGACUCUUCCACUCAUCUCUACUAUUUUUACAAAUUCGGAGCCUUUGAGGGAAGCAACCCCAGCGAUCAGUUCGGCAGGAAUGGGAAUGCAUGAAUUUGUGGGCAACGGAAUAGGAUGGAAUCAGCCACCAGGUUUCCCGGAUAAUCAAACUAUGGUUUCUUCUUCUGGUUUGCCGUACCCUAACUCGGGGAAAAGUGGUCAACAAUAUGACGCAUCUUCGUCCAACACAAUUACUCAGAAUACUUCUACCAACUACGUUACAAUGCAGGAGCAGUCCUUUUCUACGUCAAGAUCAGCUAACGAUGGCUAUGCUCAUCAUUUUCACACAUGUGAUCCAAUUUUUGGUUGCACAGAUGGUUACAACAAUGGAUCAGAAUCAAUGCCAAGAAUUACUGACAACUCGGACAACUCACAACGAAAUUUUUGUCCCAAUGAAAUGACAGACUACAUAUACGGCAACUUUGUGCCACAUGGUAUGUCGGAUCACUCAUUGAUCGGGCAGCAGAAUCACGAUAUGACAACAGGAAGUCACUACGGUACACCCGAUUUUGUAGGCUCGGGAUCAAUCCCAGAUAAGUACUCAGAAAUCUAA